CUGUACUAUCUACAUGAUCCUUGUUUCCUCUCCUGCGUGGAUCCUUCAUCACUAUAACGGCACAUUGAACUUCCCUCGCAUUCGAAAACACGCAGAUUUCUCAGACUUUCGCUCUCUAAGCGACGUCUUCGAAGCGCUUGAUUUUGCCUGGAUCUUCUCUAUCCGACCUUCACAACCCUCAACGGUUGCCGUGAUAGUCUGAUACUCUUUAAAGCCUAAAACUAUGGAUUCUUCUAUGCCUCGCUCGCAAUGGACACGUAUUUCCCCGUACCAGUGCCGCCCCAUCCUUCCGCACGUGGGAAUCAUCUACUCUGCAUUCUCCCGACAGGCCCCGACUCCAAUGCCAAGGCUUCGAGUCAUUCUGGAACGUGCUACUGCUUUCCCGACUGCCAGCUAGGCUAAGGUAAGCCUGGGUACCAGAGUGUCGCCAAGUUCACUCAUGACCAUCAUUGGGUCGGCCAUGGGAUAUCUUCCGGAUACAAGCAGAGAGACGGUCCCUGCUAUUACUUUCACCCGCGUUUUCAGACGAAUGGAGUUGUCCCCUUGUCAAAUGCGACAUUAUGAAUCCGGCCUGAAGUCCACUGCCUUUCGUACUGAGUACUGAGUACCAGCCCACACAGACCGGUAGUCAGCGGUGAUGUCAUAUGUAAUCAUUGGGCUCAGUCACUACUAUGUACAUCAUUGCCUCCUGCUGUGGACCAGAUUUUCUGCGAGAGAAUGUCCGAAUGCUGACAUAUAGGCGAUUGUGAUUGCGGAGUAGGAUGCGGGCGGCGGGUAACAGCGGGAAACGUUGUCUGCUCUUACAAUCAUUUAGUUAUUUCCGCGUCACGUGUACGAACAUAGCGAUUUACUUCCGUCGGCGCAGCAAUCGGCGUUACGGUUUAUGAUCACUGAUCCGAGUCAAUCUGAUUCAGUGCGCCUUCGGUUCUAGCGACCACCUCGUGCUUUACUCCUCUCUAAUCACACUUUGAUGUAACUUGGACAGUCCCAUCCCCUUUCCGUAUAUCCCUCCUUCUAUUCCACAACGUCUCCUCCACCGACGUACCAGUUAGGCUCGGACUUGUCAUGCAGCCACGGCGGCAGACGCGUGCCUCAUCGGAGGCCAUUUCGGCCUGCACUGCUAUGGUAUCCACAGUAAAGUUGGAAGCCAUUCUGAAGAAAGCGUCUAUCCAGGCCACGAAUUACGAGCAGCAGAUGAAAGACUUGGAGCAAAGACUGGCCGAUAGCCUGAAGAACUUUCGGAACAUCGACUGCCAACUUCAGAGCGCGUUCGCCACCCUGCGUCAUAAUGCAAAUCAAGCAGACCAAGCUCUUGGCAAGCAAGUGCCGUCAAUUGCCCACAAUCUCGACUCCUCGAUCGAGUCUCUGGACCUAUUGGCUCACGAUCUGCCAACUAUACGAUCUCAGGUGACGGACAUUCGGACCGUGUAUGAUUCUGGGCGUAAUAAGGCACAGAGUCUAGUGAAGGACCUUACUUGGCUCAACACCGAGUUUUAUGAGAGAUGGAGAUUGAUCAUCUUCACUUCGACAAGUCCUGUGUCCUGGCGAUGGAGGGCUUUCAUGCGCAUGUUUUUCGCUGCCUCAUUCAUAACCUCUGCUUGGUUGACUUUCAUCGCCAUCUCGGGUUUGGUCAGGGCGCAUCGAGGGGGUAUCAUAUGGGGAGAACGCCUCAUGUCGUAGCAGCAUAGACUCUCUUGCUUUUCUUGUACAUGGUUAUCCAUUCGCCGAACUUGUAUCAUUAGUUCUCAGUCCCAGUCGUUCACUUGUCGUGAAGCAUAUGCUGCUUUCCCGAACUUGGUGCUUAGCGAACCCCAUCAAUUCAUCAUCGGCCACCUUUUCGGCCCUUUCAUCCGACCCACUGCGGCCAAACCCACCGCAUGAUGGACAACUUCGAUGACCUCUUGAGCGCAUCCCAGAGAGACCUGGAGAGCAAUCCUUUUGCAGAUCCCUUCGCCAAGCGAAGCUCGUCUCCGGAUCCCUGGAGCUCUCCCUUUGCUCGCCAGGAAGCGAGUUCGGACGUAUUCGACUAUCAGCCUCGACCUGCAACCCCUCCACUCGAGGAAGAAGCCUCCCCCGCUGUAGUAUCCCAGCACGAGGAAGAAGACGAGCCUUCGGCCACUGCUGUCGUAGCACAUGAUCCUAUACCUGAGGCCGACCCGUUGGGCGAAGCGCGCUCCCCCGGCUUCAAGGAGAGCGUGCCAGACCCUGAACCCGACCCUACGUUCUCAGAAAUUGCCACGAUCCGCCCCACCGAGCCAGAAGAGUCGCACUUCUCUCCGGUGCUCAUCCGAGCAGUCACGCCGCCUCCGGCCACUCCACCACCGGCCACGCGUCUGGCAGACAGCGUACCGACAUUCCGUUCUCCAUCGCCGGACCGCUGGGGUGCUCCCAACCGCCCAUUGACACGGUCAUAUCCGGGUCUGACAUCGGGGGUCGAGGGUGCGGAUCCUGGUUGGGGCGAACAGGACGGCUGGAGCAACGGACAUUCGCCUGCAUCGCGCCUACCGACGGAAGACGACAGCGACGAUGACAAGCCUGUAUUGCAAACUCUGCGCGGACAGCAGCAACGAGAGCGUGAAGAUCCUUCUGCUCAGUCUGGCGCUCAGCCGGUGUUUUUCAUCACAGUCGAUGAUCCACAGAAAGUUGGCGAUCCGAUACGCUCUUUCACGAUGUACACUGUCCACACUCGGACCACUUCACCACUCUUUCCCAAGUCUGCGUUCUCUGUUUUGCGGCGUUAUUCAGACUUUCUUUGGCUGUACGAGACACUCUCGAACAAUAACCCGGGUGUGGUAGUUCCUCCAGUCCCGGAGAAGAACCCGUUUGGACGAUUUGAAGACCAUUUUGUGCGCCAACGGAGGCUCGCACUUGAGAAGUGUAUCACGAAGAUAGCCAACCACCCUGUGUUGGGCAAGGACCCUGAUCUGAAGCUAUUCCUUGAGAGCGACACUUUUACGCUUGAUAUCAAACAUCGAAAGGCCGAAAUCGCACAAGAAAAGGGUGGGCUCAUGGCAAGCAUCGGGCAGAGUCUCACUGGACAGAGAUUCUUCGAGACAGAUGAAUGGUUUGAUCGCCAGAAAGCUUAUCUGGAUUCGCUGGAAAGUCAGCUUCGGGGGCUGGUCAAAGCGAUCGAAGCAGUGUCGAAGCAACGCUCCGAACUCGCUGGCGCAACCGGCGACUUUGCUCAGAACGUGGCCGAUCUCUCGGCCUCGGACGUGGGGCAGCAACUUGCGUCCUCCCUUGCUGGUUUAGCCGAGGUUGAACGUAAGGCUCAAGAUCUGCAAGUGAUCCAGUCCCAGCAAGAUAUCGAAACGUUCUUCAGCACGGUGGACGAAUAUGCUCGUCUGAUCAACUCAGUUCGGCAUGCAUUCAAUACACGCAUCCAGUCCUAUCACACCUGGCGUGCUGCUGAAGCAGAGCUUGCGCGGACCAAACAAACUCACGACAAGAAUCGGGCCCAGGGUCGUAUUCCUACUGAUCGGGUGGGAUAUUCUUUGACUCAAGUUACCGAGUCCGAACGUCGGGCAUUAGAUGCUAAACAUCAUUUUGAUCAAGCCACCAAACUUGUCAAAGCAGAAGUGGCUAGAUUUGAGCGCGAAAGAGUCGAAGAUUUCAAGAACUCGUUGCACGCGUUCCUUGAAGGAAUGAUCUCCAGGCAGAAAGAGCUUAUCAUGAGCUGGGAGAGUUAUCAGCAGACCUUGCUAAAGCGUGUCGGCGGCGGGCGUGGCCUGCCACCGGCUGGACAACGAGCUGUCCCCGCUGCUUAGAUUUGUUAGCUUCUCAGGCUCUGUAAUCUCAUCUGCGAAAUUCUAUGGUUCUUCGUCUUCGCGUUCUCAUUGCAUGUGUCGAUCUCACUCGGAUCAUUCUCUGCACUGAUGUUUUGUCUGUAUAUAAGUAGGUAGUCGAUGCAUCCAUAUGCAUACAUCCGGGCAAACCAUUCUGGCUCAACCAUUCAGCCUACGGUUACCUACCCCAGCUGACAGGACGAUUCUCAAUUAAGAUAGUAUAAAUCCCACCACAAGAACCGGCAAUGGUCAUCCCGGUUUCCUUUCUACAGCCAUGCCUUCCGUCCUGACUAGCUCAAAGCACACUUUCACGUUCAACCGCGCAGACCACGUCGGUUCAUUUCUGCGUCCCAGCACCAUCCACCAAUCCCGCAAGAGUUUCAAGGAGGGUACGCUCGAUGCCGAAGGGUUGCGCGUAGUAGAAGACAGAGAGAUUGCGGCCUUGGUCGAGCAGGAGCGGGCGGUGGGUAUCAAGAGCAUAUCUGAUGGAGAGUUCAGACGUGAAUAUUUCCACCUCGAUUUCGUUGAGCAUAUCGAAGGCAUUAAGAUAACCAGGAACACGCUCGUCGGAGAGAAGAACGAGGCUACCGUGCCGACCAUCUCCGUCACCGGAAAACUCCGCCAUGUGAAGCCAAUCCAGCUCGCCGAUUUCAAAUUCCUCCAGGAACGGGUGGAUGGGAGCAAGGGCGAGGUGGUCAAGGUGGCUAUUCCCUCCCCGACCAUGGUUCACUUCCGCGGUGGUCGCUCCUCCAUUGACCUCGCUGCAUACCCCGAUUUGGACGAAUUCUUUGAAGAUCUCGCAGAGGUCUACAGGCAGGAGAUCAAGAUCCUUGCGGAGGCGGGCUGCAAGUAUCUCCAACUUGACGAUACCAAUUUGGCUUAUCUAUGGUGGGAGGAGCUGCAGUCGUUAUCCCGCCCGAUGCUCAUCGUCGCGCCUGUUAGUGAUCUCAAUAUGCGGGAGGCGGCAGCUGGCCGCGGAGAGGACCUGAACACCCUUCCGAGGCAAUACGCCCAGCUGAUCAAUGCAGCGUUACGGGACCGACCUGCUGGGAUGACCGUCGGAAUCCAUCUCUGUCGAGGCAAUUUCCGGAGUAGGCACUUUGCGGAAGGACUUACAUCUGCUUUAAGGUGGCUACGAGCCGAUUGCGCAAGUCUUGUUCGAAAUGCUCGAUGUCGAUGUCUACUUCUUGGAAUGCAAGUCGUUCUCUCAGACCAACUUGCACAGAUCCUGAUCAUCUCACAGUCGACAACGAACGAUCUGGUUCCUUUGAACGUGAGGACUGGCACGGCGCAUUUGUCGUUAUCUGUUCUGAAUCCAUUCUUCGUAGCUCUUCGCUUCUUGCCCAAGGGAGAGAAGAUUGUCGUUCUGGGUCUCAUCAGCUCCAAGAUCCCCCAACUGGAGGACAAGGAGGCUAUUAAAGCUCGCAUCGCCGAGGCCAGCAAAUUCGCGCCCUUGAAUCAACUGGCCCUUUCGCCGCAGUGUGGAUUCUCGAGCACAGUUCACGGCAACGAGAUCACAAUUGAGGACCAGUGGGCCAAGAUGAAGCUUGUGCAUGAGAUCGCGCAGGACAUCUGGGGUAGCGACAUGUGAUUACUUGUACUUAUUUAUGGUGUGCUGCUACUCGUACUUGGCCACCUUGCUCUCGUUACCCACAUCCUGCAAGUCUUGAGGACGUUCUCGUUUUACAGGCCGCCGUCUAUUGCUGAUGGGUUGCUGCUGAUACGAGCCCUGUCCUUGAUGUGCAAAUCCAUUGUUGGUCCAGCCCAUGCC